AUGCACGACGCCCUCGACACCUCACCAGCAUGCACGACGCCCUCGACACCUCACCAGCAUGCACGACGCCCUCGACACCUCAUCAACAUGCACGACGCCGUCGACAGAGGUAGGGAGGCGCGCUACACGGCGCUCAGAAACACAGCGCUCGCUUUCGUCGCAGCGCAGAAGCACGACCCCGCGCAGCCCGCUCGGAUGGACUUUUCCUCCCUCCACCGCCUCGCCGCACCGGGCUUCACGCAGACCUUUGGCCCGCGGUACUCGGUCGCGCACACACCGCGGCUGCAGGGCGCAUUCGACUUUGCCGCGUUCCAACGCCAUCUCUCGACGAUGCUGGCGGGCUUGCACACGUGGGGGAUCGAGGUGGGCGACGUGGUUGUGGAGCAGGAGAGGGCGAGGGUUGUUGUGAGUGCAGUGUAUACCAUGUUUGUCCGGGGCGCGGAGGACGAGGGGGUGGAGAGUGAGGUUGUGUGGUGGUUGGAGCUGGAGGAGGGUGGGGGUGGGGGUGGCGACGGUGGCGACGGUGGUAAGGUUGGUGACGGUGGUGACAAUGGUGACGGUGGUGACGGUGGUGACGGUGGCGACGGUGGCGACGGUGGCGACGAGGGUGGUGGGUGGAGGGUCAAGAGGAGCACUGAGAUUGUGGAUUUUGGCGCGAGCCGGCGGAUUGCUGAGUUGAUGGGGCGUGGGGCCAAGGGGGAGACGGCUGCUGCGGUGUAG